AUGAGAUUUGAUGAUAGUAACUGGCAGGACGCCACUAUACAGACACACAGCGCCUGGGGAAACAACCCAACAGAUAUACCCAGAGAAGCUAAAUGGAUUUGGACUGCUGGUGAUACUUCUGAUACACAAGUUUACUGCAGACGAAGAUUACACCCAGUAAAUGGCGAUGUUGUCUCUGGACGAGUAACAUGUGAUAAUUUCGCAGAGUUCUUUGUUGAUGGUCAGCUUGAAACUAGUACAGACACAUGUUCAGUCUCUUAUCCAGUUUCUUUUCCGGAUACAUCUUUGAUCCUGGCAUUCGAUUGUCGGAAUAAGGAUGGGAUCGCAGGAAUUCGAGGCUCUUUUACUAAUGGGGUGGUUACUGAUUCGUCAUGGAGAUGUUCAACUUCAGCCCCUGAAGGCUGGAACAAAUUAGGGUAG